AUUAUAUUGGCUGAUUAUGCCGGGAGCCGGUGAUCACCGUCAGCUGAUGGUACCAACUAGAAUGCUGUGGUCUGUGGGGGUGGCUUCUUGUGCUGUCGACAGUUGUUGAAGAUGCUGCGGCUUUGGGAUUUUGUUAGACGGUUCUCUGCCGUAAUGGAGCUUUGUGUAUGGACUUGAUCGUGGAGACUUUAGGUGUUUAUAAAUAAAUUUUAGGUCAUAUUUGAGGAUGUUUUGAGUUUAGAAAUAAGACUUUGUGGAUUUGGGAUCAAUAACUUGGACCAAGAAAAGUUACAUUUAAUAGAGUAAAGAUAUUAAAUUAAUGAAAUUGUAAAUAUAUAGUCCUUCAACAAGGAAUAGAAAUAACAUUAACUGGAGAAAAAAAAUAAUUGCUAUAGGAUUAAGUUGUUUAAAUAAAAAAUAACUGCCAGUGUUUUGACUUUGGAAGUCAUACAGCUUGAAAGAACAAUGGGUUUUAACUUGAGAUUUCGAAGCUGAUAAUAGUCAAAAUGGAGUAUAACAAAAUGAGUUGAAAUUAUAAAAUUGUUGGAAAUAGUUUGUAAUAGUGUGGUGUAGAAAUUAGAGUUUGGAUUACCCUGUUCAUUUGUUUUCGAGCUGGAUCCAUUAACGCUUCAGGAUAGGGACGGAAACUGGACAGCGCCCUGUCUCAGUCCUUGGUGACCGCCAAACAGACAUGGCCUGUCUUGUGCAGAAUGGAACAACUUCAAAUGCACACCUUCCAGUUCAUGAGAAUCUCAGUAAGAAAAGAAAGCUAGCGUCGCCAAAUCAUUUCAAGAAUAAACGUGUCCAGAGAAUACAUGAUACUAGUACAAGUCCCCCAUGGACACCACUCUAUCCUGGCUCGAGGUUAGAGCAGGAAGCUAUCCAGUACAUUCACAAGUUCUAUUGUAAGGACUGUCAGAUGGACCAGCAGGCAGCAGAGAGAGCAAAAGCAGCAGCAGCAUCGGGGGAGGACAACUCCGCUUCCGGAACAGCCGAAGCCACUUCACCUCAGCAGCCUCCCGUGUCGGUACCAGAAGUGAAACAGGAACCAGCAUCUCCUAUGAGCCCUCAACAGUUUACAGACGAAGCAUCAAUAAUGGGUACCCUGGACAAGAACAAAGAAUCAUUGAAGAGAAAGUUGAUGAUGAGGAGAUCCCUCAAUGAAUUAGUGGACCAAGGAAUAUAUCCUCCCCCCAAGACACCCCCUGCAUUCAUGGAACAGAGGAAAAGUUUGGAGAGAGCAAAGAUUGGUGAUUCCCUGAGGUUCAAGAUCUCUCACAGACCAGACAGACAGCAGCUAGUCCAGCAACACAUUCUAGAAGAUACAAAUAUAGACCCUUCGCUCCAUGAACGACAGAGACUUUUGAAGAAAGCUCGUUUAGCCGACAGUCUCAAUGACAAGUUACUACACAGACCAGGUGUCUUGGAACUUGUUCAGGGAAAUAUUAUUCAAACAGAUGGGAAACUUACACAGCUCAUCAAAGAGGGCUCACUAUCGUUUGACAAAGCAACUGAAGCAGAAUGUAGUAACGACAGCAAUUAUGAUGAUGGUAAAUCAAGUGACGAGGCAUUUUCUCCUGACCAAACUGACGAUUCCAAUUUGUCGGACAUCAGUAGUCCGCCUGUUAUACCACCAGCACCGGAACUACCAACCUCAUUUGCCAAGUCGUUGCCGUUCUCGGCUCAGAUUCAAUUCCAUCAAGAUUCCAAAGUAACAUUGCCCCUGACCACUCAGUCAUUUACCAUUCCACACCAGACCACAAGUUCUGGUGGUUUUGGGGCAACAGCGACUUUUGUGUCACCGAGAAGUAAUGUGACAGUGUCCACAAUAAACAAUAAUAACAAUAACAAAUCAAGACCAAAGAAAGCAAAACCUAAACCUCAGCCUAAAGCUAAGGUAAUAAAAUUCCAUGAGUAUAAGGGUCCACCAAAUGUUGUAAAAAGCAGUCAGCCAGUUCCAUCGCCCCCAGCAGCAAUAGCUGGUGCCAUAGGGAACACCACUAACAUUAUCGGACAACAGCCAGCUCAGCAGGCUACAACGUCGGAUACUCCAUAUCAUAUACUUCUACAGCAACAGCAGUUGUUUCUACAGUGGCAGCUAGAGUUUAACCAAAAGAAUCUAAACGCAACAACAGUUCUGGUACCAGCUGCAAAAGACGGCCAUCCUAGUUUACACACUAUAACAUCAAGUUUAGGAAGUAGCGUUGCUACCAGUGUAACAGAAUCUGCCGCUGUAUCUGUUAACACGCAGGCUACUCCGCAAACGGUGUUUACAGUGACUACUCCUACAAGUCAGCAUGCUCAGCCACAAGCUCAGUUACAACAGAUUCGUAUAUCAUCACCAGUGAUGACUCAAAUAAAACAAGAACCUCAGUUAGGACAACCUCAGCCACAAAUGAACCCAAAUGUAACACCUGUCACUCCAAAGCCACCUGUAAAGAAGCCAACAGUGAACAUUACAUCGGGACCUCCGAAACAGUACACAAGCCUGGAGGAGAUGAAAGUUGCUGAGCUUAAAGCAGAAUUAAAGAAAAGAAAUCUUACAGUUUCAGGACCAAAACCUCAACUGAUUGAAAGAUUGAAGCCAUAUGCAGAUGCUAUCUUGAAGUGUCCUAGUGAUAAAUCGCCUGGAUCAGUGCAAUCUCCAGGAAGUUCAAUAUUGUCACCAUCUGGGUCAUUGAUGUCUUCAAAGUCUGCGACAUCACCACAGUCAUUUUCUGUGAUGUCACCACCAGGCUCUGUGACAUCACCACAAGGAGCAGCGAUGUCAUCAAAAACUGUUGUGAUAUCAGCACCAGGGUCAUCAAGUAGUCUUGCUAUGACAUUGCCUGUAGUGGUGUCAACAUUUUCAGGUGCAUUUUCUCAGCCGGGUUCAGUUCAAUCAAAUACAAGUAGUCUUACAUCUCCUGGUUCUGUAGCAUCCUCGACUGGUUCUGUUACUUCACCAGCUGUGCCAAGUUCAUCACAGUCUGGGUCUGUGUUUUCAAGACCUGGCUCAGUUAUGUCCCCAUUAGGAUCAGUCAUUGAUGAGACAUUGUGUAACAAUGCAGACUCUCCUCUGGCAUCUAUUCAGUCAAUGCAGUCAGCUGUGAGUGUUUCAAACAUGAUGUUUCCAACAGAUGAUUUAAGUAAUCCCUUUUCACCACCACAAUCUCCACUGUUCAUGGACAAUGUGAUGACACCAUUAUCUCCAGAUCUGAUGGAUAUUCAUGUACAGUCUCCAGGAGAUUUAAGAGCAGUGAAACCUCAGACCAGUGUACAAAUGAACAAUAACAGUGUAAUUAAUAACCAGUCUCAACAAAAUCAGAAUAAUAUGGUUCAGACUAAUAUGGAACAGUCACGACCACCUUCAGUUUUGUCUGUAGCUCCAUCUGAGACGGACAAACAUGACAUGGCAAUGGAUAUAGAUCUGGACUUGACACAGAGUUUGAGCACUGGGCUGGCACCAACACUUGCAGUAGCAUCUGCUGCAGCACCAGUGGCAGCCCCACCGCCUCCACCACUUCCAACUUUCCCUGCUAUGAGUCCAACCAAUCGGAACAACAUCAAAGCUCAACAAGAUGACCAACAGCAGAUGUUAAAUCAGAUACAAGCCCAACUGAGAAUUUUACAAGAGAAGCAGAAACAGAAUCAGAAAAACCAGAUGCAGCAAGGAUCCUCGUCCGGUUUUCAGAUGUCCCAAGAGGAGUUACUCAAACAACAACAAGAAAAGAUAGAAAAGUUACAGUCUCAGUUGGAAGAAUCACAGUUGAGAUUGCAGCUUCAGCAGUUGCAGCAUCAGCAGCUUCAAACACAGCAACAGCAGCUGCAGCAACUUCAACAGCAAGCUUUACAGCAACAAGCUGCUCAAAAUCAGCUUGAGCAACAGCAUCAUCAGAUGCAACAAAAUAUGCAGCAGCAGCAACAUGUUGCCAGCCAGCAGAAUAUCCAGGUCUCUGCUUCACAACAGCAGCAACAUCAACAAAGUGUACAGUCCGCAGUUGCUGCAACAUCAACACAGCAAGUACCAAUGCAGACACAGCAAACAGCAGUUCAGGCUCAACCAAAUGUGUCGGUCCCAGGUCAUUCUCACAUUCAGCCCCAGAUGCAAAUGCAGGGUCAGCCUCAAGUUCAGUUACAGGGACAGCCACCUCUAGCUGUCCAGGUACCGAGAAGCUCACCAAAUAAUGUGCAGUGUCAAAAUUCCAUUGCACAAACUCAGCCAUCUGUGGUUCAUACUCAGUCACAACAGAAGUCACAACAGCAUACAACACAGAAGCAGGUACCAACAACAUCUGCUCAGGUGAUCUUCAGUGUUCCAACCAUUCCAAAUGGAAGCAAAGCACCAACUCUUGCGAACCUGCCACCGAACAUGAAACAGAUACAAAUUCCCGCUCACUUGUUACAUGCUUUCCAGAAUUCACAAGGCCUACCAGCAGUCAUUCUGACGCAGAAUCCAAAAGCCGCUGUGAAGAAAACGAAAGCACCCAGCCUGGAAUUCAUUAAGAACCAGGCUAUAAAUCAGACAUUGAAUCUUGGCGGAGGUCGUUCACUGAUAGCUGUUUCCACAGCAACAGGAGGAACUCAGCAGUUUAUUAUUGCCACGGCCCCCACAGCACCUAAAACAAGUACUAAUGCACCACAGACAAGUACCCCUGCACCAACAUUGAAUGGACUGUCACAGCCUCCGGUUCAAAAAAUGGCCACUUCACUUCCAACGUCGCCUGUUGAAGGGAACCAGAGACCAGUGGCAAGGACGUCUUCAAAUCCGUUCUUCAUACCAAUGAAAGAACCUCCAAAAUAUGAUGAGGUUGUGAAGAAUAAGCAAAAUAAGGGAAGUGAAGGUGGUGGCAAUGACAAUGUAGAGAAGAGUCAGACUAUGGAUGAUGUACUGGAGAUAUUGAUACGCACAGGAGAAUUGCCAGCAAGUGCUGCCCAGGAGCCACCUCCUACGCCGAAGACAACCAGUCAGUCUCAGACUGUACCAACAAUAUCAGUAGCACAGUCUAGCAUGGUCUCCAUACCAAAUACACAGUUCAAGAACCAGUCUGUUGUGUUUUCAACUCCCACUCACAAUGUAUCGACUGUAUCUCGGUCACCGAACAGUCAGUAUAGCGAAAUGAAGGGAAAUAUUGACAGUGUUUAUGUGCCAAUGGAAGGGUUGAUUAGUGCUAGUGCCUCAUCCUGUGGGAUUAAAACUGAAGUGAAAUCAGAACCUUGUGAAACAGGAACUUCUGGAACGCUAAAUGCGCCAGAUUUAAAUGCACCAGAAAUUUCAGAGAAUUCUCAUGAUUUCUUUGAUUUGAGUGAUGUGAUAAAUAGUGAUCUGAAUGCCAUGGACUGGACACCAGAUCCGGCUUUUGGUGAUCUGGACUUGACGGACAUGACAAACACAAGUUCAGCCAUGGAUUUGAUGCCAAACGAUCAGUCUUUUCUGUCUAUACCAAAUGAACAAUCACCGCAACGGUCUAUACAUGGUUCAGAACCAGACCUUGCAAAUUUAGGUUUGACAGAUAUGGACACAAAUACAAAUAUGCAAAUUGAUGUGCCGGACUGGUUAGAUGUCAUAAUGCCAAAUACUGGUUUAACUCCAUUAAGUGCUAAUGCACCGGUUUCAUUUCCGGCAGAUCCGAUAUUGACGCCGCAGACUCAGAAAGAAGUGUUAGAUUUGUUCAAUUUUGACGAGUCAGACUUAAACACGCCUUCAGAUUUGAAUUGUGUUUCAGCAUGGGAUAAGUUAACUGAGACGACAAGCCACUAAAUAGCUACUGCAUCAAAAAUGGAUAGUACAAGAUGCUUAGCUGUCAUGGGAUCAAAUUUAACCAAACAAAAGUCCGUGGAUCUGUCCUAGAACAGACCCGGCCUAGUAUUUUAAAGACAAGGACCAAGAAAGAAGGGCUCAAAUAUAGAUAUAUACACAGCUUCUGGCGUGUAGAGGAAUUUUUGUAGGGAUUAACAUUAUAACAUUGUUAGUUUCAUGGGCAGCAGUUCCAUGAAGGGAUUCUUGAAAUCAGUGGUCUUCAUAAUAGAUAUCUUUUUAAGAGAUUAACUGUAAGGAGAUUGUUAUUAAAUUUUGGUUUUUGCAUGGAUUGUUUUUAGUUUCCUCGUGAGGAAACUUUUUGUUAGUGUUAAACUGUUCUUGCUACUACAAUAAACCACUGACUUUAUUGCACUUUGUACAGUUGCUCUAAUUUAACAUAAAAUAAAUGGUUUGUGUUUCAGUGUAUUGGAAGUGCUAAGAAAAAAGUAAAGAGCAAUUCUAGGUGAUAGUCUAGUCAUUAAAUGGAUGGUAUCACAACGAAAGGGACCUUAUCAUUAAAUUGUGUCAUGUUUGUAAAUAAUGACAACAGAUUUAUAAUUGAUGUGAUUUCAUUUUUGGUAAUUAGUGUUAUGUUAAAGUUGCAGCUAAUAAAAAUGUAUGGAAAAUUUGUACACAAAAUAAUUUGAAAAGAGAAAAGUAACAAGGUCCAUUUUGAUGUGACAUGAUUCAAUCCAGCAGAAGAAAGUGUUUAUAUUGUAUAAUGCUAUGGGUAAAGUCAAUUUACUGCGCACAUUUUAGAAAAGUAUUAACGUCUGUACCAAAUUAUGUUAUAAAAACAUAUGGCAAUGUACUAAGUAGUCAUCUUGGUGUAGAGUUUUAACAUUAAUUAUAAUGCAUAAUGUACUAAUGUAAAGGUGUAAUGAAAAAUCUCUGCCGUACAUAUCUUUAUUUUAUAUCUGCAUUAAUUAGUAUUUGUACAUAAAUACAAUGCUGUGUUUUUUUUUUUUCAAAUUGUAUAAUUUGUUAUUUAUAUAAGGGUCCAGUUUUCUCGGAAUGUUGUUACACUUUUAUUGAGCAGUUUUGUAUUUUAAUAUUUGAUACAUGAGCCGCACCAUGAGAAAACCAACAUAGUGGCUUUGCGACCAGCAUGGAUCCAGACCAGCCUGCGCAUCCGCUCAGUCUGGUCAGGAUCCAUGCUGUUCGCUAACAGUUUCUAUAAUUGCAAUAGGCGUUGAAAGCGAACAGCAUGGAUCCUGACCAGACUGUGCGGGUGCGCAGGCUGGUCUGGAUCCAUGCUAGUCGCAAAGCCAGUAUGUUGGUUUUCUCAUUGCAUGGCUCACAUUAUGCCUGUAUACAAAAUAAAAUAAACAGCCUAUUUCAGACAAAAGGCUCUGUUCAUCGAAAAUUUUAUGACAGAUUUCGAUAUGACCUAUGAUUGUGACCUUUAACCCAACAAAAACCAAAUAAAGUCGGAUAAACAACUUAAGUAAAUUUUGGACAUUCAAAAAUAGAGAUGGGUAAAACUUAUUUGCGGUAAAAACUAAUAAUUAAUUGGAACCAUUUUGGGGGGAAAUGAUGUCUGGACAAAUAAGCAUGAAAGUAAUCUUAUCUUGAUGUCUUAAGUAGAACUGAUGGACUAAGAAUAAUUAUUAUUUUCAAUUUUUCGUAGUUUGUGUAUUUUAGUGUAAGUAGUUAUUUCAUUCAAAUUCAUUUCAUCCAGAUGAAAUUUAGAAGCACAUGAUGUAAAUACAGUAGAAUGAUACCAUUUCAUUUCUUAUCAUUCCAGAAUUAUUUCCAAAAUAAUAGUUCCAAACUAUCGUUAAAAAAUGGCAAGACAUUACGUGAAAUCAUUAUUUGUCUGAAAUAGGCUGUUGUACUUGUAUUGUUGCCGUGUUUCGACCAAGCUUUACCAUCAUCUGAAAUGUUCUGUUUAUUUUCCUGUGGUUCUAGCUUUGAGUGAGGCAUUCCAUUCCAUUAGAAUAGUGUCAAUCGCCCUUGAGAAAGAGCAUUUCAUCACACGGUGAAUCGUACUUGAGGGAAAAGUGAGACAAUUUUUGUAAGCAUUUUAUGCUGCUUAUACAAUUAUUAUUAUUCUAACAAAGUUCUUGUAGGAUACAUUCGAAUAGUCUAGCUAUUCUAUUCACUCUGGCAUCGGCGUCAUUUGAGGGCAUAUAGCUUUUUUGGACUUUGAAAAUUCAGGUUAAAGUUUUACAUGCAAGUUACUAUCUCCAAAACUAAUGCAGAUAUUGAAUUGAAACUUCACAUGUGUCUUCGGUUGAUAGCAGCAAGUCCCAUAACUCUGACCUUCAUUUUGGCCAAAUUAUGCCCACUUUUGGACUUAGAAAAUUCUAGUUAAAGUUUUGCGUGCAAGUACAUACAGCUAUUACUAAAAGGCAUAUAGAUUUGAAACUUAUUUUUUCUUUUUCUAAAUCAAUUACCAACCUCACUGGGUCAAGUCCCAUAACUCUGACAUGUAUUUUGAAGAAAUUAUGCCCCCUUUUGGACUUAGAAAAUCCUGGUUAAAGUUUUGCGUGCAAGUACAUACAGCUAUAUCUAAAAGGCAUAUAGAUUUGAAACUUAUUUUUUCUUUUUCUAGAUCAAUUACCAACCUCACUAGGUCAAGUCCCAUAACUCUGACAUGUAUUUUGGGCAAAUUAUGCCCCCUUUUGAACUUAGAAAAUUCUGGUUAAAGUUUUACAUGCAAGUUACUAUCUCCAAAACUAAUGCAGAUAUUGAAUUGAAACUUCACAUGUACCUUUGGGGUUAUAAAACUAGUUGAUAGCAGCAAGUCCCAUAACUCUGAUAUGCAUUUUGGUCAGAUUCCUGGUAAAAGUUUUGCGUGCAAGUACAUACAGCUAUAUCUAAAAGGCAUAUAGAUUUGAAACUUAUUUUUUCUUUUUCUAGAUCAAUUACCAACCUCACUAGGUCAAGUCCCAUAACUCUGACAUGUAUUUUGGGCAAAUUAUGCCCCCUUUUGAACUUAGAAAAUUCUGGUUAAAGUUUUACAUGCAAGUUACUAUCUCCAAAACUAAUGCAGAUAUUGAAUUGAAACUUCACAUGUGUCUUCGGUGUUAUAAAACUAGUUGAUAGCAGCAAGUCCAUAACUCUGGUAUGCAUUUUGGUCAGAUUUUGUCCCCUUUUGAACCUAAAGCUCUUUUGAUAUUUAACCUUUUUGGGUAAUAUUUUCCUGCUUCUGGGACAAUAUUUCGAAUAGUUGAGCUUAGCUGUCUUACGGACAGCUCUUGUCUUUCUUCUAGUUGUAACAUAAGAAUUUCGGAAUUGACCAUCAGUUUGAAAAAUUAUAGGCAAAGAUGAUGUCAAAAUACAUAAAAAGCAUUGCCAGUAAACUUACUUAUUCUGUUCUGAAAAUGUCAGUGAUGGUCUCAAUUAUUUUCUUAAAAAAUCUGCCAAGAUGUAAAUAUGGGCACUGUACUGCAUGUGCACCAGUAUAUUUUAUGUUGCUUUAUUAUAUAUCAUUGUCUCUGACCAGGUUCUUCCAUUGACCCUACCAUGACAUUUAUUUGUUGUUUUUUUUUCCUUGGUUUGUUACAAAGCUAAUACAAGACAUUGAACAUUGAAACAUGUAAAGAUAGCUGUGUGAUUUGGAUUCAGCUUGUGUAACACUUCUCAGAUAUACAACCAUCUCAUAGGUCAUCCUGGUUGGCUUUUGCUUAUCUUGUCAGUUGCAUGACCAUAUUAAGACAUUCAGUUAUUAAACUUGCAAAUUUUUCAGUUUGUCAGAUAUUGAUACUGUCAGGCCAGUAAUAGAAAAGUAGGUAUGCUUCUAGAAAGGUCAUUUAAACAGCUGCGUAACCAAUUGUUUCGUUAGAAGACUGACCAUGGAAGCUUCCAGUUGAAAAUUUAGAUCAUGUUUAUUAAUAUUGGCUAUGUAAGGUAGUGUUCAUGUAGAUUAUGUGAAAACACUUUCGCGCAAGGCAUACUGCAAGACUUGAUAUAUGAACGUAAACCAAUUUGUUACUGCCUGUCCU